AUGGCGGAGACGACCAAGCACGGCGACGGCGUCGCGAUGGCCAAGUACGACCUCACCAACACGGUCGCGCCCUUCAUGGACCUCCACUUCAUGUUCCCGCUCAUCGAGUUCCUCACGACGAACGAGAUGUACGACGAGAAGCAGCUCCUCGCGGCCAAGCUCGACCUCUUGAAGCCCACGAGCAUGACCGACUUUGCCGUCGAGAUCUACCAGUCGCUCCACGGCGCCGCCAAGGUGCCCGCUGAGUUUGAGCAGCGCCGCAAGGCGAUCCUGGAGGCGGUCAGCGCCGCCAAGGCCUCGUGCAAGCCGAUCUUGGACUUGCUCGACAACCAGGAGAAGGUCAUGGCGCUCCAGAACGACAGCCUCCUGACCGCGGUCUAUCUCGAGCAGCACCAUGGCGUGACCUCUUCCGUCUUGGAAGGCCUCUACACGUACGCCAAGCUCCAGUACGAGUGCGGCAACUACCAGGACGCGUUGACGUACCUGACGUACUAUGGCCUCCUCGUGCCCACGGGCUCGGACAAGUACAUGAACGCGCUCUGGGGUAAGCUCGCGGCCGAGAUCCUCAUCUUCCGGUGGGAAGACGCGCUCGCCGACAUUACGCGCCUCAACGAAGCCAUCGACGCCAGCGGCAAGGCCCCGCUCGAGCAGCUGCAGAUGCGCACGUGGCUUCUCCACUGGUCGCUCUUUGUGUUUGCAUGGCACGAAGACGGCCGCGACGCCAUCGUGGACUUUAUGCUGCAGAGCCGCUGCCUCGAGGCGAUCCAGACGAACGCGCCGUGGCUCAUGCGGUACCUCGCGGCCGGCGUCAUCCUCCACAAGAAGCGCCGCCACCUCAUCAAGGAGCUCUUGCGCAUCGUGCAGGUCGACGCCAAGGCGUACCGCGACCCGAUCAUCGAGUUCAUCGAGUGCCUCUACGUGCAUUUUGACUUUGAGCUCGCGCAGGUCCAGCUCCUCGAGUGCAAGAACGUGCUCGCGUCCGACUUUUUCCUCUACGAGAAGAACAUGGCCGACUUCAUGGAGAACGCGCGUCUCCUGAGCUUCGAGAUCUACUGCCGCAUCCACGAAACCAUCGACAUCUCGCUCCUCGCCGAGAAGCUCGCGAUGAACGAGAAGGGCGACGCCGAGCGCUGGAUCGUCGACCUCAUCCGCCACGCCCGCCUCGACGCCAAGAUCGACUCGCAGCGCGACGUGAUCGUCAUGGACCCGCGCGUCGACUCGGUCUACCGCCAGGUCAUCACCAAGACCAAGGACCUCGCCGCGCGCACGACCUCGAUGAUCUCGCAGUUUGACCGGCUGGGCGCCAAGCGCCAGACGCAGACGCGGCCGCUCUUUUAA